AUGAAACAGCUUUAUUUCUGGGUUUUGUUUUAUUUGAUUUUUGUAACUAUACAAAAAAGUGUUAUACGAAUCGGUCAUUUGCUACCAGCGAAUCCAAUCAUUGCUUAUGAAACUGAUAUUCUCAAACUCUGUGCAAAAGAUCUCCGAGAGCGAAAAAUUUUGCCGGCAAAUAUAACCCUUGAGGUGGUAACAAUGGAAUCAUGCAGAAACUUUAUUGGGGUAGCAAAUGCUGCUUAUCUACAUCACGCUUACAAUGUAACAGUUUAUUUCGGACCUGGUUGCAAUGAAGAAAUGUUAGUAAUUGGUCGUUUGGUGUCACUUUGGAAUGUUCCGAUCAUCGCGCAUAUGUCAGGCGAUGAUGCACUGGCAGAUAAAACGUUGUUUUCCACUCUUGGCUCCAUUGCGCUGACAUCAGCUACUGAAAUGGCCCGUGCAACAUUUACUUAUCUCAAACUAUACAACUGGGAAAAGAUUGGUGUUGUAAGGCCAACAAUAAAUUUUGAUCGACUUUCUAUCCAUUCUUUGAUGGAUUUAGUGAAGAAUACAAACGACAUGACGAUCAAUGUUGUGAUUGAAAUUGAUCCCUAUGCAUCAGCAGACGAAAUUUUUGAGACCGGGAAACUUACUACACUUCGAAAUUCGGCAAGAAUUAUUGUGGUUGAGCUGGGUAUGGAUCUUAAUGACUGCUCCAAUUUCAUGAUGGCAGUUUUGAAGGCAGAGAUGAACAACGCUGAAUAUGUUUAUAUAUUACCUUGGCUUUCCCAUAUAGCUGACUACUAUCCAUGGGAAGUUCUGAACAGCAAUAAACAACAAGUAAAGCAGGCUUAUCAACAUGCGAUUGUGAUAACAGCUCAUGGAUAUGAUAAAAAGUUUGUCCAAGACUUUGGAAACAAAUUCUCCAGCGAAACCAGUCUUUUAGCUUCGCAUUAUGCAAUGUUAGUGUACAUGUCGCUCUAUGAUGCAUUAUUUUUGUAUGGACUUGCCCUGCGUGAUGCUUACGAUGUUACUGGCAAUGAGCAAAUUUAUAAUAACGGAACUUUAAUUUGGAAAAAAAUGACAAAUCGACAAUUUUUAGGUAUGACUGGUCAAGUCUUGACCAAUAACGAUGCAUUUCGAGUGCCGAGCUAUGCAACAUAUCAAAUAACUAAUGGAACUUUGACAAUAGUCGUUGAAUUAGAAGCGAAAUUGGGGGAUCCUGUUAAAUGCAGUUCGAAGACUGAUUGCUCAUUUUAUGUGCCACAUGAAAUUCUGACUAAUUAUUGGUCAACAGCAAACAGUGAAUUACCACUGGACAUUCCACCAUGUGGAUAUGAUGGUAGUUUAUGCGAUAAUACAGUAUAUAUUUUGAUUGGUAUUGUAUCACUUGCAACUGUUACUAUUUUCGCUGUUGGCUAUUUGUUAUAUGUCAAAGAACAAGAAAGACGACUUCAUGACAUGACUUGGCGUAUUCCACGUGACUCAGUUCGAAUGUUGGAUUUAGCUACUGCGCGUUCAAGAAAAUCAUUGGAUGGUAUUUCUUUAUGUAGUAUGGAGUCGAAAAUAAACAGUAAAUUAUCGGUAAAACAAGCCAUCUGUAAUGGUGUCAAAUUAUCAGUGCGCCGAUUUGCCCAGACGCGAAAUAUUACAUUUAUGAAAAGUGAAUUACAAAUUCUAAAACAACUGAAAAUGGUAGAAAACGAAAACUUGAAUAAGUUUUAUGGCAUUUGUUUUAAUCAAAAAAAUGAAUUAUUAAUUCUCUGGGUACUUGUGACCAGAGGAAGUCUCGAGGAUGUCAUUUUCAAUGAAGAUAUGAAACUAGGGAGAAAUUUUCAAGUUUCAUUUGCCAAGGAUGUUGUAAAGGGAAUAUAUUUUUUGCAUAAUUCCCCGCUUCAAUAUCAUGGUUUAUUAUGCUUACAAAACUGUUUGGUCGAUUCUAACUGGACAAUUAAACUGUCUGAUUUCUGUACAGAAAUAAUCAUUGCUGACAAACUUUUGCAUAAUGAGAUUAAAAAAAUUCAUGUUGAAAAGGAUGAAAACGAUGAAACUCACAAUAUAAGUCGAAGUAAUAGUGAUGAUACUUUCAUAUUCUUAUCUUUAAUUUGUUUUAACACUAUUUCCCGGUCAUUCGUUUUUGCAGAAUAUAUCCAGCAAGCACCAGAAAUUUUGCGCUCUUUGCUGCAAACAAACUUUCUACCUCACGGUUCCCAAGCAGCGGAUAUGUAUGCCCUUGGUAUGGUAUUGUAUCAGAUUCUCUUUCGAAUGGAACCAUUUAGUAAUUUCUCACUUCCAAAGAAAAAAUUAUUGCACAAAUUAGCAAAUGGAGUUGAAGAGGAUUACAUUCGACCUGCUUUUCCGUCAGCUGGCCACGAUCCGGGAUUCAGUCUUCAGCUUCUGAAAACAAUUGAAGUAAUUUGA